AUGGACGCGGCCUUGCAGCGACUCCUGGAGACUAUGGAGCGUCCGGACCUCGUCUCCGCGACACGCCGAGUCCGCAGCCUUUCUGGCAGCGAGGAGCGUGGCGAUCCCGACCAUCGAGGACGCCGCGGACGUUUUCGUAGUCCCUAUCACGGUCUGCGGGGUGACGAGGAAAGCACGCACCCACCCCUGUCAUAUUCGGAGGUGUUGUUUUCCGGGAGCAAGUCGGAAUGUGUUAGCGGAGGGCCAAGUCACCGGGACGACAGGGAUCAAGAUUUUGCGCCGCGGGAACGCAAGAGCCUGCUGCUCAAGCCUCGCUUGGUGACCGUAGAAGCAAACAAGGAGGCCGCUGCCAUUUUCAAGGCUCCCGAGCUUGCACCUAAAGGCUCCUCGUCUAUUUUGGGCGGAGCGCGUCCCGUUGACGCGGCUACCCGAAAGCGUGAGAUCGAAGCCCGGUUGGCUCGGCAGCGUCAGGAAGAGCGCCUACAGAUCCGGUACCGGAAACCCAUUCAGGACAGCCGCAAGUACGACCGGGUGAGGCGCUCUAGUGUCACCUCGAGGUCAGAGCGACCGCGGCGUUCCUAG